AGGAAACGAAACUGAUCUGAGUCUCUGUCUCGUCUGUCUGUGUGAGAGUGAACAACCGUCCAAAUGGCUCAACAGGGAGUUCUGCUGGACCAGGACCAGUUCUGUUGUUCUGUCUGUCUGGAUCUACUGAAGGAGCCGGUGGUUAUUCCCUGUGGACACAGUUACUGUAGGAGCUGUAUUGAGGGCUGCUGGGAUCAGGAUGUUCUGAAAGGGGUCUAUAGCUGUCCUCAGUGCAGAGAGACCUUCACUCCAAGGCCUAAUCUGAGGAAAAAUAACAUGUUGGCUGAGCUGGUGGAGAAACUGAGGAAGACAGGACUCCAGGCUGCUCCCCCUCCUGCUCUGUGCUAUGCUGGACCUGGAGAUGUGGCGUGUGAUGUCUGCACAGGGACCAGAAAGCAGAAAGCCCUCAUGUCCUGUCUGGCAUGUCUGGCCUCUUACUGUGAGACUCACCUCCAACCUCACUAUGAAUUUCCUGCUUUGAAGAAGCACAAGCUGGUCAAAGCCACCGCACAACUACAGGAGAAGAUCUGCUCUCAUCAUGACAAACUGCUGGAGGUUUACUGUCGUACCGAUCAGCAGUGUAUCUGUUAUCUGUGUACAAUGGAUGAACAUAAAGGCCAUGAUACAGUGUCAGCUGCAGCAGAGAGGACUGAGAAACAGAGGCAGCUGGGGAUGAGUCAGCAGAAGGUCCAGCAGAGAUUCCAGGAGAGAGAGAAGGAGCUGAAGGAGCUCCAACAGGCUGUGGAGUCUUUCAAGCGCUCUGCACAGUCAGCAGUGGAGGACAGUGAUCAGAUCUUUACUGAGCUGAUCCGCUCCAUUGAGAGAAGGAGCUCUGAGGUGAAGGAGCUGAUCAGAGCCCAAGAGAAGGCUCAAGUGAGUCAAGCUGAAGGACUCCUGGAGCAACUGAAGCAGGAGAUCGCUGAGCUGAGGAAGAGAAGCACUGAGCUGGAGCAGCUCUCACACACAGAGGAUCACAUCCAUUUCCUCCAGAUUCCUGUCAGCUCACACUGGACCCAAACACAGCACACACACACCUCUCUCUGUCUGAAGGGAACAGAAAGUAUCAUUGAUCAGCUUGUUGGCUCGGUCCUAAUUGAUGUGUUCUCUGUCACCUGGAGCUGCAUGGAAAAUGGUCCAGGAACUAAAGGACAAUUCAGGACUAGUCAGCCCACUACAAGCUGGUAUCACUUCCUUUCUACUGAACUAUAUGGUCUGGUUUCCCAGACACAGAUGAAUCCUAGUCCUGGACUAAACAGUAUGUUUAAUGUAGAUGUCCAGGAAACCGGCCCUAAAUGUGUCAUCUUUCAUCCUCCCAUACUGCUCAGUCCAGCAACAUUAAACCUGUCCAGCAGGUGGUGCUGUUGACCAAACAAUAAAACCAGCAGAUAUCUUGACUUGCCACUCAGUAUAUCAGUAAUGUUCAGAAUAGUACUUUAAUAUCAUUGGAGAUUUGAUGGUCUUUUUAAUCCACUAUCCAGAGUCAGGAACAGAUGAAGUUAGGUCUGCUACUGUUCAGUGAUUAAAUAUGAUUUAUGGUGAUGGGAAAUAAUAAAAAACACUCAACUUCA